ACGUCCUCAACCUCAUUUUGUCACAAAAUUGAUGGUUGCAUUUUGUAUGACAAUAACAAAUUUACCAAGGCUCUUUGUGUAUUGAGAUUGUGGAGAGGAAUUUGAUAACGGAAAUACUUUGGAUUUGGCUACAUUUUUUCCAUAUUCCACUACAUUCACUACGCAGCAAAGACAUUUACGAGCCACGUUUCAUUCUGUUCAAAUUUUGUCAGCAUUUCUCAAAUUGCCUAGCAACCUGCACCAGAAACACCGUUUAUGAAACAUUUGUAAAAGCGUUGCCUGGCAACGUGAAGGCGCUACGUUGAAGGACGAACAUAUUGAACAGAAUUGGAGCAGGAGUGGACUGGUGGAAAGUGGAAACGUGUGCGGUCCGCAGCAGGAUGGCGCUCCAUCCUGGCGGUGCGAACGGCGAGCCGCCGCUGAAGAAGCACAAGCCCUCGCCGUCUCCGUCUCACGGCCCGGGCGCGGCCUCCGCCGACCCGGCGACCAUCCAGCGGCAGCGGCAGGCGCUGCCCGUGUACCGGCUGCAGGCGCGCCUGACGCGCGAGCUCACCAGCCGGCCGACGCUGAUCCUGAUCGGCGAGACGGGUAGCGGCAAGACCACCCAGGUGCCCCAGUUCUGUCACCAGGCGGGGCUCACCAAGACGGGUCUGGUGGGCGUCACCCAGCCGCGCCGUGUGGCGGCCAUGAGCCUGGCGCAGCGCGUGGCUGACGAGAUGGCCUGCACCGUCGGACAGAAGGUCGGCUACUCUGUCCGCUUUGAGGACUGCACGUCCACACAGACCAAGAUCAAGUACAUGACGGACGGCAUGCUGCUGCGCGAGGCCAUUUCCGACCAUCUCCUGCGGCGUUACUCGACCAUCAUCCUUGACGAGGCUCACGAGCGCACUGUGCACACCGACGUCCUCUUCGGCAUCGUCAAGAAGGUGCAGAAGAUCCGACGCGCCAAGAAUCUCCCCGAGCUGAAGAUCGUGGUGAUGUCCGCGACCAUGGACGUGGACCACUUCAGUCGGUACUUUGGCGGCGCGCCGGUGGUGUACCUGCAGGGCCGUCAGUUUCCCGUGCAGGUCUACUACGCCAAGCAGCCGCAGGAGGACCCGGUGUUCUCGUCGCUGGUGGCCGUGACGCAGCUGCACCAGACGGCGCCGGCCAACCAGGACGUGCUCGUCUUCCUUACCGGCCAGGAGGAGAUCGAGUCCAUGGUGAAGAAUCUCAGGGAUGUCGGCAAGGACCUACCAGGCUGCCCGCGGCUCAAAGUGGUGCCCCUGUAUGCCAGCCUGCCCGUCCAGCAGCAGAUGGAGGUGUUUCGGGAGACGCCCCCAGGUCAGAGGAAGGUCAUCGUCAGCACCAACGUGGCAGAGACCUCAGUCACCCUGCCGAACAUCAAAUUCGUCGUCGAUAGCGGCAUGGUCAAAGCCAGACACCACCAGCCCGGUACCGGUCUGGAGAUGCUGCGCGUACAGAAAAUCUCCCAGGCGCAGGCGUGGCAGCGGACGGGCCGGGCGGGCCGCCAGUCGGCCGGCGCCUGCUACCGGGUGUACACUCGGGCAGAGUUCGACGCCAUGUCGCGCGACACUGUCCCGGAGAUCCAGAGGUGCAGCCUGGCCAGCGUGACGCUCCAGCUGCUGACGAUCGGGGUGAAGGAUGUGCGCAACUUUGACUUCCUGGACAGGCCCGACGCUGGGGCGAUAGAUGGCGCGCUGCGGGAGCUGCAGCUGCUGGGAGCCGUGACGUCAGCCGAGCAGCCCGAGCUCACCCCACUCGGACGCAGGAUGGCUUCGUUCCCGCUCGACCCCAAGUUCGCGCGCGCCAUCCUGGCCUCCAAGGACCACGGCUGCACCGAGGAGGUGGUGACGAUCAUCGCUCUGCUCUCGGCCGAUAUCAUCCUGUUGACUCCGCCGUCCAACCGCGAGGCGGCGCUGGCGGCGCGACAAAAGUUCGUCGCUCCAGAGGGAGAUAUGAUGACGCUUCUCAAUGUGUUUCGAGGCUACCGGAAGGUGCAGAAGAAUAAGGAGUGGUGUCGGGAGAACUAUCUACACGAGCGUCACCUGGCGCACGCGGCCGAGAUCCGCCGCCAGCUGUUGCAGCUGUGCGCGCAGGCUCAGCUGACCGUGGGCAGCUCCGGUCAGAACACGGAGCCGGUGCGCCGCAGCCUGGCGGCCGGCCUGUUCCCGUGCGCCGCACAGCUGACACGGGACGGGCACCACGUCACGGUGGGUACGAACCAGAAGGUGCACAUCCACCCGUCCUCGACGCUGUUCAUGACGCGCCCAGCGUGCGUCAUAUUCACCGAGCUGGUACAGACAUCCAAGAAGUACAUGCGCGGUGUGUGCCUGGUGGACCCUGACUGGCUACUAGACGCGGCGCCCGAGUACUUCCGCACUCAUCGGCUGCACGUGGAGUCCUAGUGGGGUGGUAGAACAGGCCUAAAGGGAUACGGUACACCCGCACCGAGACCCAGACAGCGAUACGGUACAACCGCACCGAGACCUACAGUAGGACGGCUGGGGACGGCUGGCUGUUGCACAUCGAGUCCUGGUGGGACGGCUGCAUCCACAUGGAGUCCUCUAGUGAGGCAAAUGCAUCCUCAUCGAGCCCUCGUGUAACGUUAUAGCCGUUACGACUGUAUCCAUCGUACGAUGAUCCGGUUGUGUCCAUUUGUGAAGUCUUUGUAGGGGCUCGUCAGCGAUGGAGGGCUCUGCUCGGCGGCGCUUUUCGUCGCCUCUGUCGACCAUGUGGACUAGGGACCAAUGGUUGAUAAUCGAUGCUGUUCUGAUGUGUCAGGGGCCGGUGGUCUAGCCUGAGCCGGCAGAGACUAGGGGGUGAAGAAGCGCUGGUUUGCUUUGUUGACUGCCGGCGGGGUGUGUCGAGCGGCGCUCUCAUUUUACGGAUGCCAUUUUUAGGUACUGGGUUUUAUAAGAGUUAUGAUGUUACGUAUGUGACAUGUACGGAUAAUGACGUAUGUUUGGUGAUGCGUGAGGAUGUGUCAUAUCAUAUCCGUUGUUUCCUGCACCGAUUGUGCGCGGUAUGUAAGCCACCUUUUGAAGAACGGAUUUCGUUCGUUUCGUGUAGAAGGAAUGUAUUCGCCGCUCUCUGCCAAAGGGAACUAAGCUGUGUUUGUUUUACAAUAUACAUGUAAAUGAUGUUACAAAA